AUGAGGAGGGACAACCUGACCUGGGAAAGUGAGUUUGUCCUCCUGGGCCUCUCCAGUGACAGGCAGACCCAGGCUGGACUCUUUGUCCUGUUUGGGGCCGCCUAUCUGCUGACCCUGCUGGGCAACGGGCUCAUCAUCCUCCUGAUCGGACUGGACACACGACUGCACCUGCCCAUGUACUUCUUCCUCUGCAACCUCUCGGUGGUGGACAUUUGCUACACCUCUAGUGGGGUGCCCCAGAUGCUGGUGCACUUCCUGCUGGAGAAGAAGACCAUCUCCUUCAUCCGAUGUGGGACCCAGCUCUUCUUCUCACUGGCCCUGGGGGGUACCGAGUUCCUGCUGCUGGCCGCUAUGGCCUAUGACCGCUACGUGGCUGUCUGUGACCCCUUGCGCUAUGUGGCAGUGAUGAGCCCAAGGUGCUGUGCUGGGCUGGCAGCUGUCUCUUGGCUCGUAGGCCUGGCAAAUUCUGUGGUGGAGACGGUGGUCACCAUGCACCUGCCCACCUGUGGACACCGCGUGCUGAACCACGUGGCUGUAUGGAUGUCACACACACCAGAUUGUCAUGGUGGCUCCAGUCUCGUGGGGCUGCUGGGGCCCAGAGCUGAAUGCUGGGUAGGAACUCAGUUGUGUUAA